CAAAACUAAUUUCUAGCUAAGCCCAAGCUUCUAUCGAAAUAUCCUUUACUUUUUAUUUACAUUUCUCACUAUCAAAAAAUUCGAAAUAGAAAUCAAUUUCUCUACCAAAUUCGGUCAAAAAACCCUCCGGCGUCGGCCAACGAAGAAAUGAAAAUGAGAGGAGCUAGCGUGAUCCUACGUCGUUUCGUAGGCCGUCGGGCGCCGUGCUUAGCCGCUCGAUCGUCUUCUAUCGGCGACCUUAUUGUGUCCUCCGCCGCCGCCGCCGCUUCAUACUCUACUCUGAUCCUCGCCGAGGAUGCCCGCCCACUUUUCGUUUCCGCAGUUGCCUCUGGCGCCGUCUCAGCUUUUCACCCCUUUUUCAUGAAUCAGUCCCGGAACUUCUCCUCUGCACCCUCGCCAGAUUCAUCGAAGGUGGUAUCAAUCGAGUCUGAAGAACAGUUUAAUGAUUCAGUUCGCAAAGCCGAAGAGGAAUCUCAGCCUUCAAUAUUCUACUUCACAGCAGCUUGGUGCGGCCCCUGUAGAUUAUUAUCACCCAUGAUCGGGCAGCUCAGUGAGAAGUAUCCGCAUGUAACAACUUAUAAAAUAGAUAUUGAUAAGAAAGGGCUAGAAAAUGCAGUGAGCAAGUCAAAUAUUCACUCUGUGCCUACACUGCACUUCUUUCAGAAUGGUAAAAAGGCCGGUGAAGUCAUUGGUGCAGAUGUUGAACGCUUGAAGGACACCAUGGAAGCACUAUACAAGUGAAAACAUUCAUGCUUUUCCAUUGCGCUUGAAUGCUGGAGGACCUGUGUCUAAAAGAAAUUUAUAAUGUAGACAGCAUUCCCCACCUUACUCCCUUCAGAAUCCAUUUCCAUUUGUCAUUAGAAAUAUAUAUAUUUUUUUUCAGUUAAUUUUGUAUGAUAUUUGGCUGCACUUCUGUCUUUACUGUAUGGAGUUAAUUUUCAGAUU